GACAUGUACAGUUCAGAAGUUUCAGCAAUGUUUAAGUUCUCUUCAGUCGGUCACCCAGAACCAGGAUCUUGUCUUCGCUACCACCAUGCAAGAGUUGGAGGCAGGGUGUGGGCUGAGGGAGAGUGUCCGGUGUUUUGACAGCCACAAGGAGAGAUGCUUCACCCAGACACAACAAAAAGUUUUCAAUCACGUGCUUGCAGGGGCUCGUCAGUUUAUUGCAGAAUUGUGUAUACCGGGUCGCGUACAAGAAGAGUAUUUGCUUCAUGCCAAGUGUUUUAAAAACGUCUCCAUGGAUGAAGAGAAGUGCGGGCCUACUUACCGCCAUACUCUGUGGUUGUCAGAAAACGUGAAACAAGAAGGAAACGUUGAAGAAGAACUGCGGAAAACUUGUUGUGCCUUUAGUGAGUUUGUGCAUUGUAAAUACAUCCACGUGACCAACGAUUGUGGACCUGAAGCAGGAACAUUUCUUCGGCGACACAUGGAGCGGAUAUCCGGCAACCUGAUUCACGAACACUGCGCCGCCUAUACGCACAGAUCUAAAGCUUGUGUUAAUAAGAGCGCACAAACCUUUUUGUUUGGAAAAUCCACUUUUAUGAGUCUGUUUUUCAUGUACGUAGUUUUUACUGAACUCACUUGAAAAUCCCAUUAGGGUGAUAAUUUCAAAUCUAAUAAUAUAUCGUUUGUUUUUGUGUGUAUUUGAGAAUACAG